AUGACGAGCCCUGCCGUCUCAAACCCGGCGGCGGCGGCGGAGGAGGGGCAGGAAGGCGUUUCCGCGACCGCCCGGGACGAGCAGCCUCCGGCCUCAUCGGCGACGGCCGGCGGCGCAGACGAGCCAGCCCCAGAGGCGUACGAGGACGCGCACGUGCACGCCGUCUACGAGGCCAUCGCGCCGCACUUUUCCUCGACGCGCCACAAGCCGUGGCCUCUCGUGGCCGACUUCCUGCUCGCCCAGCGGCCCGGCAGCAUCGGCCUCGACGUGGGCUGCGGCAACGGCAAGUACCUCUGCGUCAACCGCGCCGUCCACCUGCUGGGCUCGGACCGCAGCGCCGCCCUGGUCCGCCUGGCCGCCGCCGAGGGCCGCGGCCUCGGCCACGUCGUCGUCGCCGACGGCCUGGCGCUGCCCUACCGCGCCGCGGCCGUCGACUUUGUCGUCAGCAUCGCCGUCGUCCACCACCUGUCGACGCGCGCGCGCCGCCGCGAUGCCAUUGCCGCGCUGCUGCGCUGCCUCCGGCCCGGCCCUGACGCCCGCGCCCUCGUCUACGUUUGGGCGCUCGAGCAGGGCGGGAGCCGCAGGGGCUGGCACGAGGGCUCCGAGCAGGAUACCCUGGUGCCGUGGGUCAUGCGCUCAAAGGGCGCGCCGGAAGCCACGUAUCAGCGCUACUACCACUUGUACAGGCAAGGGGAGCUGGAGGACGACGUGUGCGCCGCGGGAGGCUCCGUGUUGGAGAGCGGCUAUGAAAGGGACAACUGGUGGGUGGUUUGUAAUCGCUCGGACAACGCAGAGGAACCUCACCGAGAGCCGGGCGACCAAAGCCAGUUUGAAUAA